CACUAGUUCACGCCCACAGGCACGCAUCCUGCACUCUCUGAAGGCUUUCUAUGUUAGACGCUUAUAUCAGCUUAAAAACAAACAAAUACAAACUAUUGAUUAUUUUAAAAUCAUAUUAAAUGGAUUUGAGUUUUCUUGGACUUGUAAAGUGACGAGCUGAGACUAUACGAGUAUGAUUCGAACAUUUAUUUCGUUGUGUCUGGUUGGCUUUUUACAAGCUGAAUCAGGUGAAGUUCAGUCAGUACGGGUGGGUGAUCCUGUCACUCUUAACUCGAACACUUUCGAAAUACAGCUAACGAAUGAGAUCGAGUGGAGGUUUAACAACAUUCGCAUUGCUAGAGCAAUAAACGGCUAUGCUAAAUAUGAUAAAAAUGACGGUUUCGAAGACAGACUGAAGCUGGAGAGAAAUGGAUCUCUUACCAUCAACGACACCAGAACCACGGACACUGGAGUCUAUAAAUUUAGUACCAUUAUCAACGGCAAGGACUCAACCAAGACAUUCACUGUUACUGUUUAUGAUCCAGUAUCCAGUAUUCCUGUCAUUACCAGUGUCAUUUCACAGUGUUCUUCAUCACCAGAAAGUUCAUCAAGCCCAAAAUGUGUGCUGCUGUGUUCAGUGAUGAAUGUAAGCCGCGUGACACUCUCCUGGUAUGAAGGAAACAGUUUACUGUCCAGCAUCAGUGUGUCUGAUCUCAGCAUCAGUCUGUCUCUUCCUCUGGAGCUGGAAUAUCAGGAUAAUAACACCUACAGUUGUGUAGUGAACAAUCCCAUUAGCCUCCAGACCAGACAUGCCUGCAUAACCGAUCUCUGUCGUUUGUGUUCAGAGGAAGACCGCUAUUGUGAAAGCACUGAACCUGUGAUCCGAUUGGUCGUCACUGCUGUGGUGGGUCUGGCUGCUGUGGCUGCGUUCAUUGUGCUGGUUUAUGACAUCAGAUCCAGAAGAGAUGAACAGGAGAGACAUCAGACCCAGAAAAUCAUCAGAGACUCAUCAGACCAGGCAACAUUUUUCAAGUUUUCAACUGUCUAAUUUUGGUGAGCCCUUGCAAAUUGUAGCCUCUUUUUCCUAUUUGUAGUGGAGAUGAGUGGUGGGGUCUUCUGCUGCUGUAGCCCAUCCACCUCAAGGUUGUGCGUGUUGUGGCUUCACAAAUGCUUUGCUGCAUACCUCGGUUGUAACGAGUGGUUAUUUCAGUCAAAGUUGCUCUUCUAUCAGCUUGAAUUAGUCGGCCCAUUCUCCUCUGACCUCUAGCAUCAACAAGGCAUUUUCGCCCACAGUACUGAUGCAUACUGGAUGUUUUUCCCUUUUCACACCAUCCUUUGUAAACCCUAGAAAUGGUUGUGCAUGAAAAUUCCAGUAACUGAGCAGAUUGUGAAAUACUCAGACCGACCCGUCUGGCACCAACAACCAUGCCACGCUCAAAAUUGCUUAAAUCACCUUUCUUUCCCAUUCUGAAAUUCAGUUUGGAGUUCAGGAGAUUGUCUUGACCAGGACCACACCCCUAACUGCCAUGUGAUUGGUUGAUUAGAUAAUUGCAUUAAUGAGAAAUUGAACAUGUGUUCCUAAUAAUCUUUUAGGUGAGUGUAUAUACACACAUAUGGUGAGAAAAUUUAAAUAUGUGAAUGUUGUAAUUUUUAAAUGCUAUGUUGAAUAAAAUUGAAAUCAUAACUGUAUACACAUGCUGUGCAUAAAAUAAAAUAAUGACUUCAGA